AUGAACCAAGUGGCGGAUGGGCUGAAGGUGCUUGCGGACCAAUACCGGCUGAUUGUCGUGGUCGUCAACCAAGUCUCAGACGUCAUGGCCCCUCCCUCUUCCUCCUCUGAGCUCGCCCUUCCCCGUCCACACAAUACGAUUGUCCAACCCUCGACAUCGAAGCGCAGAAGGAACUCUUCGCCCCAGCCGCCAGUCGACACGCCCACCCCGCAGUCAUCCCUCCCGCCCUCCUCGCCCCCACCCCCGUUCACGAGCGAUGACGAGAGCGACGGCGGGGUGGUCGACGAACUCGACCAGAUCCAGGACAUCGAUAUCGGCGGAAGCGGGGACGAGGAGCCUGAGGAUGGUGAAGACUUGUUCGGCGAUGAGAUGAUGGAGGACUACGUGGGAAACGCUCGUUUGGAUCAGUACGAUGUGGCUGAUAUCGACGAUGACCCCGAUAUUGAAGCCAUGGACCCCGAGACACGUGCUCUUGCUGAAGCCAGGAUGGCCCGACGAGACCGACGCGAUGGGCGAGGGGAGGGCAGAGAAGGUCGGAAGGGCAGGUCACGAGUGCCGGCGUUCCUCCAGUCAGACAGUGACAUUGGGGAAGAUCCGGAUGACUUUUUGACGCGGAGACGAAGACGACGGCAGUACGACGAAAUCCCAGAAGUGGUCGAAGGUGGCGAAGGCGAAGACGAGGAUGAGCUUCCAUUGGAACAGCUGAGCGAUAUCAAAUCUAACUCGCUCAAGGAAUGGAUCGACGUCCCCGCCGUCAGUCGGACGAUCAUGAGAGCGUUCAAAGAUUUCUUAAUGACUUAUGUCGACGAAAAUGGAACCAGUGUCUAUGGCCAGCGGAUCAAAACUUUAGGAGAAGUCAACUCUGAAUCUCUCGAGGUGUCUUUCUUGCACCUGUCAGACUCCAAAGCGAUCUUAGCAUACUUUUUAGCCAACUGUCCCACCCCAAUGCUUGCGCAUUUCGACACGGUCGCAUUGGACGCGAUUUUAUUAUACUACCCGGAAUACGACCGGAUACACACCGAAGUCCAUGUGCGAAUUACCGAGCUGCCGACGUCAUAUACCCUGCGUGAGUUACGACAAGAGCAUCUCGAUCGACUGGUCCGAGUCACUGGAGUCGUCACGCGUCGCACCGGUGUUUUCCCCCAACUCAAGUAUGUCAAGUUCGACUGUGGUAAAUGCGGUGAAACCUUGGGCCCGUUCUUCCAAGAUGCGAACCAAGAGGUUCGGAUCAGUUUCUGUUCGAACUGCGCCUCCAAGGGCCCCUUCACCGUCAAUUCCGAACAGACAGUCUACCGGAACUACCAGAAAAUGACGCUCCAAGAAUCGCCGGGCUCGGUGCCCGCCGGUCGAUUACCCCGUCAUAGAGAGGUCAUCUUACUCUGGGACCUGAUCGACCGGGUCAAGCCUGGAGAAGAGGUAGACGUGAUCGGAGUGUACAAGAACAACUUUGAUGUUUCGUUGAACAUCAAGAACGGCUUCCCGGUCUUUGCAACGAUCUUGGAGGCCAACCAUAUCAGCAGAAAAGAGGAUCAAUUUGCGUCCGGUCGACUGACCGAAGAAGAUGAAAAGGCGAUCAGAGCGUUGAGCAGGGACGACCGGAUUGGGAAACGAAUCAUCAAGUCGAUUGCGCCCUCGAUCUAUGGCCACGAGGAUAUCAAGACGGCUUUAGCCUUGAGUCUCUUCGGCGGAGUCUCGAAGAACAUCAACAACAAGCAUCGGAUCCGCGGGGACAUCAAUGUGUUGAUGCUCGGCGAUCCCGGGACGGCCAAGUCCCAAUUCCUGAAAUACGUCGAAAAAACCGCCCAUCGAGCCGUCUUCGCCACCGGCCAAGGUGCCAGUGCCGUCGGUCUGACGGCGAGUGUCAGGAAAGAUCCGGUGACCAGAGAAUGGACUCUCGAGGGUGGGGCGUUGGUGCUUGCGGAUAAAGGGACGUGUCUGAUCGACGAGUUCGAUAAGAUGAACGACCAAGAUAGAACGUCGAUCCAUGAGGCUAUGGAGCAACAGACCAUCUCAAUAUCCAAGGCUGGAAUUGUGACCAGUCUCCAAGCCAGAUGUGCAAUCAUUGCAGCAGCCAACCCGAUCCGGGGCCGAUACAACUCGCAAAUCCCCUUCUCGCAAAACGUCGAGUUGACUGAGCCGAUCUUGUCGCGAUUCGACGUCCUGUGCGUCGUCAGAGACAACAGCGACCCCAUCGUCGAUGAACUCUUGGCCAAGUUUGUCGUCGGCAGUCAUUUGCGAAGUCACCCGAACUUCAACCCCGAAGUCGAUGAAGUCAAUGUCCAGACCUCAUUGGAUCAAGACAUCAUUCCCCAAGAUAUGUUGCGCAAGUAUAUCCAAUACGCGCGCGAGAAGAUCCGACCGAAGCUGCAUCAGAUGGACCAAGAUAAGAUGUCGAAGUUGUUUUCAGAGCUCCGACGGGAGUCGUUAUCGACGGGCUCGAUCCCGAUCACGGUGCGGCAUCUAGAGUCGAUGAUCCGGAUGUCAGAGGCGAGUGCGAAGCUACAUCUGCGCGAAUAUGUGCGGUCGGACGACAUCGACCUGGCGAUCCAGGUGGCCAUCAACAGCUUCAUCCAGUGCCAGAAAGUCUCGAUCAAGAAACAGCUCCAGCGCGGCUUCCGCAAGUAUCUUCGAGUCGCCGACGACCACCAGGAGCUCCUCGGAUUCCUUCUCGGCCAGAUCGUCAAGGAGAAGAUCCGGUUCCAUGUCGGCAAACUGAGAGGCUUGCAACGCGACUCUGCUGAGCAACAACGGCCCGAAUCGGUCACUAUCAAGGUCGCCGAAUUGGAGGAACGAGCUAAAGAAGUCGAGAUAUACGACGUCGCGCCCUUCCUGAAAUCGCAACUAUUCAGAACCAAUGGGUACUCCUUCCAACAACGUGACCAAGAAGGCGUGAUCACUAAGAGCUUCGCCUCUACUUCCUCCUCAUAA